GCAAUUGGACUAUGGCUUCGGUUUGACUCGCAGACCAAAAGCAUCUUUGACCUGGAAUCCAACAAUACGACGUUUUACACAGGAGUUUACAUCCUUAUUGGAGCUGGUGCACUUAUGAUGCUGGUUGGUUUCUUGGGAUGCUGUGGUGCGUUGCAAGAAUCUCAAUGUAUGCUUGGCCUGUUCUUCCUCUUCCUUUUUGUGAUUUUUGCCCUUGAAAUUGCUGCUGCAAUUUGGGGAUUUGCAAAUAAAGAAAAGGUUAUUGAAGAAUUAAAGGACUUCUACAGGGAAACCUAUGGAAAGAGAUCUCAACCAGGUGCCAGAGAGACCCUGAAAGCAUUUCAGCUGGCUCUGGACUGCUGUGGUCUUACAGGAGUUCUUGAGCAGCAGUUCAUGGACACCUGUCCAAAGAAGACCCUCAUCGACUCACUUUCUGUAAUGUCAUGCCCUAAUGCCAUUGAUGAUGUCUUCAAUUCGAAAUUGAAUGUGAUUGGAGCAGUUGGCCUUGGCAUUGCUGUAAUAAUGAUUUUCGGCAUGAUAUUCAGUAUGGUUCUCUGCUGUGCUAUCCGCAAAAACAGAGAAAUGGUCUAAGAGCUAAAAACCCAAGACUGCUGCACUAUAAAAUCUUUCUCAUUAACUUCAGCAUUCUGAAAGCAUUUCUAAAAAGUUAUAUAUUUGUUACCUUUUUAAUGCUUUAUUUGGUACUGAUAUAGGUUUGCUUUUUGUUAUAGGUUAAAAUGAUAAAGGUAUAUCUGACUCAAGACAAAUAUUGUACAUAAAAUAUCUGACUCUGAAACUUAAGUAAUUUGGAUGUAAUUUAUGUUGGAGACAAUUUGAUACUUAAUAAAGAGUAAGAUGUAUUGUAUGUUUGUGGGGGAGAGGAGACUUUACUAUGCUUAUUAAUUGUACUGUUUGAUGUAUAGCAUGGAGUUGAACUUGCAUAACAUGUUAAGUGUAUAAAGCAGGAAAUAACUCCUAUGCCAAUGCCAAAUUUGAAGGGAAUGCCCAGAGAUGGAAAAGAUGACUGUCAGAGCACAUUUGGGAAGAUACCAUCAUUGCUCCUUUCCUUGGGGUGUGUGUGUGAACAAGAGCAGUUCUUAAUUGUAUUCCUAAAAUGUAACUUUUUUUUUACUACCAUCUUCAUACAGGGUGGCAAAGGAUGACUGUCAUGAUAUGCAGGCAGUGGUACUUGGAUGCAAACAGGCUGGGCUCUACCCUGGAGCCAGCUGGGCUUUCUUCUGUCAGCCUGCCUGCUGACGUAACUCUGUCCCCUGGCAUCUGACAUGGCCCCCGUCCCUCAGCAAGGCAGAUUCCCAUAGUGUACACUCAGGAUUUUUCUCUGUGGCUGGCUCUGUUUCUCCAAAGCCAGCAAAGUACUAUCUCAAGGGCUUACGGCAUGUGUGCCAAAUCUCAGGUUUCCAAGUGGAAGAACAAAAGCUGCAUGGGAAGUUACUGUACAGCGCUGCAGUUGCUGCUUGCAGCAGCUAGAGCUGUGGCUGUCCUGUUUCGGUUCAAAAAUGGAUAUGGGAGGGAUCGGUGUCAUUAGUGCAGAACCCUUCGCCUAAAGAAUUACCGAUUUAUCCUGUACUUCUACUCUAAAUGGCUUUUUAAGUGUGCUUUUUCUCUAAAAUAUCUUCUGGCGGGGGCUACCUACGGACUUAGAUCCUUGCCAGCAAGCUGAUGUGCUGUAUCUGUAUCUGAUGUUCCCCUACUGUAGUAUCUUGGCUGUGUUCCUAGGGGCUUCUGGUCUUUUGUCCUCUGCGUACUACAAAUAUUUCUUCGUAGUCUUUGCUUGUACCCACCUUUCUCUUUUAAGGAGGUUGGUAUUUAUUAUGAGAAAUAGCAGAAUUGUUGAGGGUCAGGCUCUGGCCAUAGCUCUGGACUAAUGCAUGAAUGUAUUGCCCACCUUUUGUGUUACACACUGCCAUUUGUCUAAGGGGUUAUGCAAGCCAUACAGCUCUCUUCUGUAAUGCAUUGCACUGUUCUGUGUUAAUGGGGCCUUCUUACAAAAAAAAGUCUGGAUUUCAAAAAAAGUCAAAUGGUAAUCAUGCUUUUGUGUGUCUUAGACUGGAAUGACUCUAGAAAGGAAUUGAUCUAUUUUCCUUCUUGGGUAUAGGAGAGAGCCUGGAGGAAAAAAAUCUAAUCUCAUAUGGGAGUUUGAGACCUACCAUAUCCCUGAGCUCUUUGCAGAACUGGGAAGUAGCACUUCUGUAAGCCGUGGAAUUCUGGGCAUGAGACUGAACCUGGCACCUGAAAGAGAUGGGGUGAAUUGCUGUGAACCAUAAUGAAAGUUUACUGCUGACUUCAGCUGCCCUUGGUUUUAUUGCUCCAUGUUGGUGCAUGUGUUCAGGUUGCCAAUAUCCAACAUGGCUGUAGUCCAACACUAGCAGCAUUUGUCAAAGUUCAAGAAAAUGUGAUGGGUUAUAACUAGGGUGGUGAGAACUAAGCUGAAGGCUCAGCACCUCAGCCCAUGAGAUGGGUUUAGGUGAUGGCUACUGGCACCUGGGUCAACUGAAUAUCCAGAAGACUUGAGUCUAUACCUCUACUGUUGUUGCCUUCUACGGAAGCUGGAUGGGGGCUUCUUGUGGGUUGGUUCUUACCUUGCUAUGCUCCUGCCUUAACCACAGUGUUUACUGCAACACUUCAUGCCUCUCUGAUGCCUACUUCCCCCCCCCCAUAUUUUUUUUCAGUCCUACAGACCAAUCUUUGGCCCUUCUUUUUGAACAUCCUAUGUGUGUAGGUUGCUGUUUUCUGAGUAAUCAACAGAUGGGUAAGUAAUCUCUUUAUCAGAGAA